GCCCCCCUGGCGCAAAGCCUUCUGGGGCUUGUAGUUCCAACUUGGGGGUGGGGUGAGCAGAGCCACGGUCAGGUACCUUUCUCACCCACCUGCCCUCGCCGCCCGGCCGGUCUCUGGGAUCAGCGCCAGGUCCAUAAGUCCGGUCCCUUGGCCCCGCUCCCCGCAAGCAGCCGUCGAGGAGGUACUGACCCUGCGCAGCCAUGGCCUCAGCAGGGGCCGAGAGGCGGCCAGGGUCCCAGGAGAGGAGGGCCGCCGGGCCGGUACAACUCGCGGAGUCUCCUGGUAGCCACGCUCAGAGCUCUGAGGGUACAGUGAUGGCAGACCAGUGCCUGGUAGCAGACUAUGAGGCCUGCCGGACUCUGGGUGAAGACAGGUGCCCAACAGGCCCAGUCUCAGAGCCAGAGCUCCAGGAGGAACGACUCAAGCAGGAGGAAGAGAGGCUCAAGCCAGAGGUGGAGUCACUAGAGGAGAGAGGCCCGCCCAGGCCUACAGCCUCCAUUGUGAGGCCCAGUCACGGUCCGAAGAGGAAGCCAGUCAACCUCCCCGGGCGUGGCCACCAAGCCCAUCCCAAGGCUGAAGCUGAGAUGGCACAGGGGCUGCCACUGCAGAAGGAGGAGUCAGAAGGUAGCCAGAGUGAGCCCUCGCCAUCUGCUAAACAGCACAAAAAAGCCAAGAAGCGCAAGAGUCUGGGAGCUCCAGUGCUCCCAGCUAUGGCCAGCACAGUGUCUGCACCUUCAGAGACCUUGGGGCUGGAACCCCCUGCCCUGCCACGGGUCUUUGCAGGAAAGGCCCAGCGCCUGCGGCCCCUGUACCAGUACAUCAACUAUUGCAAUCCUGAGCUGAAUGAGGCAGGGGAGGGCGACAGGGAGGCUGAGGCGGAUGUGGAGCCUGAGUUGGAGUUGGCCCUGGUCCCUGAGGAGGCAGGUGUGGAGCAACUGCAGGCUUUGCUGCCCGUGGCAGGUGAGCUGGGGUCAGGCCUCACUCUGCCCUGCCCCAGUACAUUCGUGUCCCCCACCCAUGCUCUCGUUCCCCUGGGAGAGGAGGUUGGAGAAGAGCCAGGGUGCUUGCCCAGGUUGGGAGUCAGCGGCUGCCUUAAGGCUGAGGUGGAUAAGUCAACCCAAGUGGACAUCGACAAGAUGCUGAGUGUUUGUGCUGCCCCACUUGUACCUCCACUCUCUCCUCAGUACAAGUGACUUUUCUGCCUCCACUGGAGGCUCCCCUUUUCCCAAGCCUGAACCAGAGCAGCAGCCUAAGCCCUCAGGAGGAGGGGGAAAUUU